AUGUGCUGCGCCUUUGCAUCUCUGUUGGAAACAAGGAUAAAGGUCAGCAGAGAGAUGAGGAUAACUAUGUCGAUGAAGAUAACUAUGUGGAUGAGGAUGAGUAUGAAAGAGGAGGAACUUUCAGAUGUAAACUGGGAUGCAAAUUCAGAUGAAGAAGUUGAGGAAGAGUAUGAUGAUGCAGGGGACGAUGACUAUGUGGAUGAAGAUUUUGCAGGAAAGAAAGCUGAAGACACGGACGCAGACUAUAGUGAGUAUGGGAAAGUUCAAGAUGAAGAUGAUUGGGAGAAAAAACGCUUUGAAGAAAGGCUUCGCAGAGGUGAUUUGAAUGGUCAUGGGGUAGGAUUCGAUGGGUCAGGCGAUAUAUCAGUUGGCCAGAGCUAUGUAAGCAAGAAUGAUCUCAUAUCUGCCUUGCGAGUGAAGGCAGUGAAGUCUAGAUUCGCCUUCAAGGUUUCUAAGUCUACUACCAAGCUCUAUGUGGCAAAAUGUUUUGUAGAUGGAUGCAAAUGGAUGUGCAGAGCUGCUAUAAAGAAUGAGGCAAAGAGGUUCUUUGUCACAAAGUAUGUCAAGGUUCAUACAUGCUCUGUGGUGGACCGUGCUCGAUUCCGCAAGGGAUGUACUCCAAGGGGAACACCAGAAGCUGGAUAUGCGGCUUUGCCCUCGUACUUGCGAAGAGUGAAGCAGUCAAACCCGGGCUCCGUGACUGACCUUGUAUGUGAUGAUAAUGGUCAAUUCAAAUACUGCUUCUUGUCCUUAUAUGCUUCAAUGUUGGGCUUUCAGUACUUGAGACGUGUUAUUGUGGUAGAUGGGACUCAUCUAACUGGAAAGUAUGGAGUUUUGCUGGUUGCAGCCGGACAAGACGCUAAUUUUCAGGUUUUCCCGUUGGCAUUUGGGAUUGUAGAUGCCGAGAAUAACGAAUCUGGGGUUGGUUAUGACAAGUUGCAGGAUAUGAUAUUGGGACCAAUUUUUUAUGUUGCAAAUGAGUAG